AUGAUGGGAUUUGCUUCCUUCAGUUGCCGGAACAUCCCGCUCUUAUCGCUUCUGUUGGUGCUGGCUCCGCUGAUUUCGCCUCAGCAACGACAGCUCGCGCAGGCUGUAAAGCUCGACAUUCCUCUCGAGUUCUACCGCGGCGAUAUAACCUACUUGAACAAUUUCGCAGCAGCCAUACCGAACUUCCCGCCGUACGCGUGGGCUGCUGACGUGGCACCGCCAUGCCCCACUGGCAACUGGAUAGGCGUGACGUGCAAUUCAGAUAACUACGUGACUGACGUUGACCUAAGCGCAAGCAACGUGACUGGCAAUUUCCCAAAGCUCAAGGGUCCCUUCUCGUUUGACAUUGCUGCUGUCAUCUUCCUCAAGACGCUGAAUCUUGCGGGCAACAAACUCCAUGGCGCAUUUCCCAGCGAGCUGGCGCUCUCGCCCAGCCUGGCCUCUCUCAAUGUGGCAAACAACAGCCUCACAGGGCGCCUGUCCGAAGACCUCUGCAACCUCAACCUCACCUGCAUCAACGUGAUGGGCAACCCUCUGCGUGGACCCAUCCCCUCGUGCUGGAGGAACUUCACAUGCCAAGACUUUGCCAACACCAGCCUCCUAGUCGUUCCCAACGAAACAUGCCGUGAUGUCCCCUACCACAGCUGCAACCCGCCUCUCGCAGUGGCUGUGGCACCCCCAUCCGCCUCUUCUUCUUCUGUCAACGUCGUUGCCAUCAUCUGUGGCGUCGUGGGGGGUGCAGCGUUCAUUGCGCUGCUCGUUGCGGCGGCAAUGGUGGUGAUGAAGCAGAUCGAGAGGAAGCGCAGGGAGGAGGAGGAGAGGCGGCUGGAGCAGGAUUUGGAGACUCAAAUCUCAUCGCGUCACUUCGGAACUCUGAGGAGGUUCACCUCAGAGGAGCUCAAGAAGGCCACCAACGAGUUUGAUGAGGACUAUGUGCUGGGGGAGGGCGGGUUCAGCAAGGUGUAUAAGGGCAAGCUGGAGGACGGCAAGUUCGUGGCUAUCAAGAGGAUCAAGGAUGAGAAGAGGGCAGGUGGUGAGCUGCAGUUUCUGUCAGAAGUGGAGAUGAUCAGCCGGGCCGUGCACCGCAAUCUCAUUCGUGCCGAGGGUUUCUGUGUGGAACGCGGCGAGUGCAUGCUGGUUCUGCCCUUCUGCUCCAAUGGCUCGGUUGCCUCGCGCACCCAGGGCAAGGAGGGUAACCCCAUGGACUGGCCCACACGCAUGAAGGUGGCACGGGGAGCAGCGGAGGGGAUAGGGUAUUUGCACACGGACUGCAAGCCGAAGCUCGUGCACCGCGAUAUCAAGGCUGCGAACGUGCUGCUGGAUGAGAACGACGAGGCUGUGAUUGCAGACUUUGGGCUCGCCAAGGAGAUGGACGUGAAUGAAACACAUGCCACCACUGCCGUCAAGGGCACGAUUGGACACAUCGCCCCUGAGUACUUUGUGAGCGGGCAGUGCUCGGAGAAGACGGACGUGUAUGCCUUCGGGGUCUUCCUGCUGGAGCUCGUGUCGGGCAAGGACGUGUACGGCCUGACUGUCGUGCCCGAGGCAGAGGAGAUUCUGCUCAGGGACUGGGUGUCGCGGCUGCUAGUAGAAGGGAAGGCAGAUGUGCUUGUAGACCCAGAGGUCAAGAAGGCCGAGGGGGCGGUGGACAUGGGGCAGGUGGAGAAGAUGCUGCAGGUGGCGCUGCUGUGCCUCAAGAACGACCCGGCUGAGCGGCCCACGAUGGAGGACGUGGCUAAGAUGGUGGCGGGGAGUGAGCUCACGGAGAAGUGGCAGCAGUGGCAGGUUGGGAGGAAUGAACCGGCUGAGCGGCCCACGAUGGAGGAUGUGGCUAAGAUGGUGGCGGGGAGUGAGCUCACAGAGAAGUGGCAGCAGUGGCACGUGAGGGGUGUGGGUGCCCUUCCUGACUACCUUCGAGACAACGAGUACAUUCAUGGAUACUACCGAGCUAACUGGCCUCUUAAACACACGCUAUGGAGCAUCUUUCAUAUUCAUAACGAGACUGGAAAUAUCUGGACGCAUCUUAUAGGAUUCAUUCUAUUCCUCAACCUGACCAUCUACACGGCCCAGAAGUUCCCGAAGUCACUUUCGGACAGCCCUUCGUUUUUGCUUAGAUCAAUUAAAACUGAGCGCAAGAUUGCCAUGUGGCCGUUCUUCGUCUUCCUAACCGGCGCCAUGAUCUGCCUGCUCUCCAGCAGCACCUGCCACCUCCUGGGCUGCCAUUCCAAGAAGGUCUCCCAGAUCAUUUGGCGGUUUGACUAUGCGGGAAUUGCCAUCCUCAUCUGCGCAUCCUUCUACCCGCCAGUUUACUACGGCUUCCUCUGCCACCCAUACGCCCGGCUCACCUACCUCGUCCUGAUCACCCUCGGUGGUUUGGGAACUGUAGCUGCCUCUCUUCUCCCUGCCUUUCAACAACCUAAGUACCGAGCCUUUCGUGCAGGGCUGUUCUUUGGACUGGGAGUCUCUGGUGUGGUUCCAUUUUUCCAUGGCAUGCUGCUCUACCACCAUGAGCCGUUUUUGGUGACAACUCUUCUGUAUGAGCUGCUUAUGGGGGCUUUGUACGGCAUCGGAGCUCUCUUUUAUGCCACCAGGAUUCCCGAGCGAUGGCUGCCUGGGAAGUUUGACAUUGCGGGACACAGCCAUCAGGUUUUCCAUGUUCUUGUUAUUGCUGGGGCGUACACGCACUACCAGGCUGCCCUAAGAUAUCUGCAAUGGGUGGAUGGUCGCACGUGCUGA